AUGUCGCAAACAAACUGCCGUUUCUAUGAGGAGAAGUACCCGGAGAUCGAUAGCUUCGUCAUGGUCAAUGUCAAGCAGAUCGCCGAGAUGGGUGCCUAUGUUAAGCUCCUGGAGUAUGACAACAUCGACGGCAUGAUUCUGCUCUCUGAGCUGUCGCGACGACGUAUCCGAAGUAUCCAGAAGCUCAUCCGAGUUGGUCGCAACGAGGUUGUCGUGGUGCUCCGUGUGGACAAAGAGAAGGGUUACAUCGAUCUUUCCAAGCGACGAGUCUCCCCCGAGGAUAUCGUGAAGUGCGAGGAGCGAUACAACAAGAGCAAGAUGGUACACUCCAUCAUGCGCCACGUUGCCGAGAAGGUCGCCGUUCCCAUCGAGGGCCUUUACGAGGCCAUUGCUUGGCCCUUGAACAAGCGAUACGGCCAUGCUAUCGAUGCCUUCAAGCUCUCCAUCACCAACCCCGAAGUCUGGAACGAUAUUACCUUCCCUAGCGAUGCCGUCAGCGAGGAGCUCAAGACAUACAUCAGCAAGCGACUCACUCCCCAGCCCACCAAGGUCAGAGCCGAUAUCGAGGUCACCUGCUUCGGUUACGAGGGUAUCGAUGCUGUCAAGACUGCUCUACGCACCGCCGAGGCCAACAACACCGAGGACACACAGGUCAAGGUCAAGCUCGUAUCUCCCCCUCUUUACGUCCUUACAAGCACAUGUUUGGACAAGGCCGUCGGUAUCACUCGUGUGCAAGAGGCUAUUGUCGAUGUGCGAAAGAGCAUCGAGGCCGCUAAUGGUCACUUGACAGUCAAGAUGGAGCCCAAGGCCGUCACUGAGAGCGACGACGCUGAGCUGCAAGCACUGAUGGAGAAGCGUGAGCGUGAGAAUGCUGAGGUCAGCGGUGACGAGAGCAUGAGCGACAGCGAUGAAAAUAUUCCUGAAACCAUCUAG